AUGACAAUAGUAAAAAUCUUCAAGCAAGGACAUUCUAAUCAAAUUAAUGAAAAGGAUGUUAUCUCCACAUUAUCUGAUGGUGAACACAUUGUUGGGAGGGAAAAACCUCUAAAUUGUGGUGAUAAAAGAAUAUCAAGAAGACAUGCUAUCAUCAUUGUCAAGCAAGAUGGUGUCACACUGAAAUCUGUACAUGUGAAUCCAUGCUUCUUCAGGUCUUCACAAGAAAGCAAUGUUGGAAAACUCAGUAAGGAUAAUUCUAUUGCUCUAAAUGAUGGUGAUCAGUUUUCAAUGCUAGCCAAUAGUGAGUGGUUCAGGGUGAAAGUUACACUAGGUAAUUCUAGUGAAAAUAAACCUCAACCAUUUUGUGUUUAUCCAAAUGAUAGAAAAAGAACCCAUGAUGGAGAAAAUUUCAAGGAAAACCACAAAUUGCUAAAAACUUCUGAAGGAAAUGCAGCAAGUCUCCUAGUAUCAGAUAAUGUGAACAACCAUCCACCAUGCAGUUCAUUUCAGAAUCAGGGAAUUAUUGAUGCAGGUGAGGUAGUGAUAAAUGAUUUAGAUGUCAUAUGUGAUGAUGAGUCUGAAGGAGACCAUUCCCUUGACAAAAACUUGAAUGUCAACAUAGCUUCUGAAAAUGAACAAUAUAAUCAUUUAGUAGAAGAACCAGGUGAUGUAGAUUCAAAUGAAAAUGAACAAGCAGGCAAUAAAAUACUGAAUAAUGGUCAUGGAACUGAAGAAGAAAAUACCAGUAUACCAAUUGUUGAAAAUCAGAGAGAAUACUCUUAUGAAAAUUACACCACAGUUCAAGUUGAAAGCACAACUGAAAGUAGUAUUUCUCCUGUGGUAGAAAAAUGCCAACCCCAAAAUUCAAAUGGAAGUAAUGUUCCAAGACAAGAGAGUCAUUCAAAUGAACAUACAAUAGAGCAGUCUGGAUCAACAGAAGGUCAGAAUGUUCCUUAUCAAGACAAUGAUAGAGCAACUGGAAUUACUGCUCCAAUUACAGCUGAAGGUAUCAAGACAGAGUCUAGUUUCACAUCUGAAGAAAAUAUACUUCCAAGUACAUCAAUCAAACAGGAAUCUGUUUCUGAUGAGAACAUUGAACAAAAACCUGUAUCUAUGGAUAACAUUAAACAAGAACCUGUUCCUGAUGAGAACAUCAAACAGGAACCUGAAUCCAAUAAUGCCAGGACUAAUGCAAAUCCAAAUGAUCCCUCAAGUAGCAAUGACCAAAAUAAUUUGAGAAGGGACAGAUGUUGGUAUGGACAGAAUUGUUACAGAAAAAAUCCAGCCCAUCGAUUGAAUAUAAGCCACCCCGGUGACCAAGAUUAUGACAGUGAUCCAAAUGAUGUACGAGCCAUAUGCCCAUACGGAAGGGCGUGUUACAGGGUCAACCCACAACACCGUAAAGAAUUCAAGCAUUAUGGCAAACCGGCACCAAAACCAAGUAACGUUAGAGUCGUAGUGAAUGUUAAUAAUCAUUGUCCUUGUCCCCAAUGUAGACAUGAUAAACCAGGUUAUGAGAGUGAUUAUGAUUCUGAUCCCGAAAACGAACUCUGA